UUAUAAUAUACUAUAAUAUAACUAUUAUAAAAAAAAAUCCUUUUCCAAGAAUAGUGAUAAACAGAUCUUAUAUUUUAGAUCUCAUCAAGCGUAAAUAUGGCAUAUAACAACCGUGAUUGCAUCGUAUGGAUAGACACAGAAUUAAGUGGACUCGAUAUAGAGAAGGAUACAAUUUUGGAAGUUGCUUGUUUGAUAACUGACAAAGAUUUGAAUAUUAUAAGUGAAGAAUUUAAUGUUGUAAUUAAUCAACCAGAUGUAGUGUUAGAAAAUAUGAAUGAAUGGUGUACUAACUGGCAUACAAAGACUGGUCUGAUAGCAGAAUCUAAAUGUAGCAAACUUAGUUUAAAGGAUGUAGAGCAAAUGUUACUUAACUUUUUAAAAAACUACAUUCCAAGUAAAAGUUGUCCUCUAGCGGGUAAUACAGUUUACAUGGAUCGUUUAUUCCUACUAAAAUUUAUGCCAUUAGUCAAUGAUUAUUUACAUUAUAGAAUUAUUGAUUGCAGUGUGAUUAAAGAAUUAGUAAGGAGAUGGAAUCCAACAAUUUAUAAAAAUAUGCCAGAAAAGAAAGCUUGUCAUAGAGCUUUAUCUGAUAUCAAAGAAAGUAUAAAUGAACUAAAAUAUUAUAAAACGAAUAUAUUUACAGAUUUUAUGAUGUAGCACUCAGGUUCAUAUUCUAUGGGAUACAAUCCCUCAUGGUUAUCUUUACAAAUA